AUGGCUGCCUAUAUGUCCCCCACCCCAGCGGUAUUGUCGUCCUCGCUCAACAAUUCUCGUCGACCGCCUCGAACCGCAACGCGACCCUCAGCAACCCGGCCUCACCCAGCACCAACCACAGCGCCCCGGACUAAGCAGCAGUUCGACCAAAGUAUUGCGGGAGACAGCUCAGAUGAUGAAGACCUUGCACCUAUCAAACUAAGCGCUGAGGCACAAGCCAUAUUGGGCGAAGACAAUGAACAAUUGGUAGCUGAGAAGGAAAAUGUGGAACCAGAACCACAGAGUGCGAAGCCGUUCAGCACAGGCUACUCUAGGAGAAGAAGCAGGGGAACACCACUGGAAAUACUCAGAUCUUCAAGUCCACCUCAACAGAGAGAUGGCAGUCCUUCUCCGCGGGUCAUUCGAGUCACCUCUGUUUCUCGCCCCGUACAGCCCGGUGUCUUGGGGAGAGAUGGAUCAUUUAUGUACAAAAUCCAUGAGAAGUCGACGACAGCCGCCCAACCUUUACGUCAUGAUUCAGAAACUCCAGCACCAAGAGUUCGGCGCAUCCGCAUUAGCGAUGCUAGGCGGCUGUCGAGAUCCCCUCCAUCGCAUGAAGAGGAAAAGGAGGAACAAGUCGAGCAGCCUCCCGAAGGCUCGAAAAGGUCCACCAGCCCAAGAUCGGGCAUGGUGCGCGGCAUUCUCGACGAGCAGAAUUCUGCCGCGCCGUCAACAAUCAGCCGAUCUCGGAAACCCGAGGAGAAUGGUGCGCAGAGUACCAUGCGAGUCCGACGAAUUGGAGGCGCCCUGCUAAACAGACCUGUAAGGAGAGCCAUGAUGCGUCGUCCCAGCGAGGACGAAGAUGUUCAUAUGGAAUAUCAAGAUCAGCCACGCCCCGAUACUCCCGAGAUGGAAAUGGGUCGGCGGGCCAAAGAGCCCGAACUGCAGGAUUUGCCAGACGACUUACUUGCGCUGAGAGGUAGCCCCGAACAGAUCAAGCCAACGAGACAGUCCUCCGGGAAUGUGUCUCCCAAACCAAUGGACGGGGUUUUGUCACGAGUUCCUUCGCUGUCGCAACCAGGAUCGACUCACCAGGCCAACCCCACACCUGCUGUGCGGGAUUCUCAGCCUUCAGCAAAAUCAUCAAGCUCUCAAAGAAGACCUGUGUUCAAGAUCCCUCCUUUGCCAGCCCUUCCUUCGUCAGAAGACCAGGAGAACGAGCCGCCUCCAACUUUUCGAAGGAGCAAACCGUCGGCUGCAAUUUUGGACGCCCAAGAAGACGGUGCUCCACUGGACCACAAGCCGGUUGAGCCUGCAUCAGAGCACGCUUCUCCGUCUCGACAGCCGUUGGCUCCCCGAUCUAAUAACACGCCGCACCGACCAGCGCCCGCCCCGCCGCCGAAAAUGUCGAUCCUCGAUGCAGCGACGUCGAAUGCGGGCUCCCGCAACAAGAGAUCCGUCCACUACGUCUUGAAUGGAAAAACAUACAGGCGGUUAGAUUGCAUCGGUCGGGGCGGGUCAUCAAGAGUCUUCCGAAUCAUGGCGGAGAACUACAAGAUCUUCGCGCUCAAACGAGUCAAUCUCGAGGAGGCUGACAUGGCGGCAAUUGUCGGCUACAAGGGCGAGAUUGAUCUAUUGAAGAAGCUCGAAAACGUGGACCGUGUCAUUAGACUGUACGACUACGAGAUCAAUGAGGAAAAGGGGGUGCUCAGCGUCAUGAUGGAGCUAGGCGAGACAGACUUCAACAAAAUGCUGAACGAGCAACUCAAGGCCGAGGGUGCCAAACUGGACAUAACGUUCACCAGGCAUUAUUGGAAAGAAAUGCUCGAGUGCGUCCAGGCGGUGCAUGAUCACGACAUCGUUCAUUCAGACCUCAAGCCCGCUAACUUCCUCCUCGUCAAGGGCCAACUCAAACUCAUCGACUUUGGCAUUGCCAACGCCAUCCAAGAAAAUACAGUCAACGUGCAUCGGGAAAAUCAAAUCGGCACGCCCAAUUAUAUGUCUCCGGAAUCCCUGGUCUGUCACACGCCAGCAGCAGGCUCGCAGCAAGCUCCGGGCACAAAGAUACUCAAACUCGGCAAGCCCAGUGACGUCUGGAGCCUGGGGUGUAUACUUUAUCAAAUGACCUACGGACAACCCCCAUUUGCCCAUAUCCAGAAGCAGUUCGAGCGCAUCAUGUCCAUUCCCAACCCCAAAGUCGAGAUUUCCUUCCCAACCACAGGUAUUGGUGGGUCCGUGGUUCCCUUUGGACUCAUUAAAACCUUGAAACGCUGCCUUACACGAGAACAAUCCCUGAGACCCACGAUCAAAGAGCUCUUAUCCGAAACGGACCCGUUUUUGAACCCCGUCGCCAUCUCGCCGGAGAUGUUGGGCAGAGUUAUCGGGAAUGUUGUCGGAUACUGUCGACGUAGGGAGGAGGCGUUGAAAGCCAAAGGCGAGAUUGUGUGCAAAGAGGGUGAGGAAGUCAGCUGUCUGCCGAGUGAUCAGGAAAUGGUGGGCUGGCCUGGGGCGUUUUACGAGAAAUUGAGGCAGGCCAAUUUGGAGGGCACGGCAUGGUAG